UUGGAGGAAGUUAAUAAUAUUAAAAGUUGGAAGGAAAUUCCUGGACCUUCAACUCUGCCCAUUAUAGGACAAAUACAUCAUUUUUUGCCUGGAGGUUCAUUUUACGGGAGAUUUGAUGUAAAGCUAAUGGGUAAUUUAUACGAAAAAUACGGACCAAUUGUCAGAUUGGAGGGGCAUUUUGGUUUACCACCGACGAUAUUUCUAUUUGAUGCUGAAACAGCAAUGCAUAUAUUUCGCAAUGAAAAUAUUCUACCACUCCGCCCUGGGUUCCAGUCUCUCGAAUAUUUUAGAAAAACAUACAAUAAAAGAAGUGAUGCAGUUGAAUCAACUGGCUUGUUGACAGAACAAGAAGAGGCUUGGAAAAAAUUUCGAUCUGCAGUGAAUCCUAUAAUGCUUCAACCAAAUACUAUUAAAUUAUAUUCAGGUAUUCUAGCAGAAGUAGCGGAUGAUAUGAUUUCAAGGAUGAAAGGUUUAAGAGAUACACACAAUAUGAUUAAAAAUGAAUUGGAUAUGGAAAUGAAUCUCUGGUCACUAGAGUCAAUCGGUCUUGUAACAUUAGGCAGACGUCUAAAUUGCUUUGAUUCAAAUCUACCAGAAGAUUCUCCAGUUAAAGAACUUAUUAAAGUUGUUCAUGAUAUAUUUCAUUGUAUGGACAAAUUGGAAUGCCAACCAAGUUUGUGGAAAUAUUUUUCAACUCCCAAUUUCAAAAGAGCUAUGAAACAUUAUGAAGAUCAGAUCAGGCUCAGUGAAUAUUUUAUAGAAAUGGCUAUCAAAGAACUAAAAGAUGAGAAAAAAGAUCAGAAUAGAGAAAAAGGAAUUCUGGAAAAGUUACUAGAAAUCGAUCAAAAGGUUGCAGUCACAAUGACGAGUGAUGUGCUGUUCGCUGGAGUUGAUACGACUGCCACUACUAUAAUAGGAUUAUUGUAUCUUUUGGCAAAAAACCCCGAAAAGCAGAAAAAAUUAAGGAAUGAGAUAAUGACAGCGAAAGAUAAACGAUCCUACCUUAGAGCUUGUAUAAAAGAAUCCUUGAGAUUAUUGCCCGUAGUUUCGGGAAACUAUAGACAAACCACUAAGGAAUACGACGUCCUUGGAUACAGAAUACCAAAAAAGGUAAUAGCCAUAGUUGUUAACCAGUACAUGUCUCAAAUGGAAAAAUAUUACCCCAAACCUCACGAGUUCAUUCCUGAGAGAUGGAUUGUGGAUAAAAACGAUCCGCUGUAUUAUGGAAAUACACACCCGUUCGUAUACGCACCUUUUGGUUUCGGAGUACGGAGUUGUAUAGGGCGUCGUAUUGCUGAGUUAGAGAUUGAAACUUUCGCGGCUAAGCUCAUACAAAACUUCGAUGUCCGGUGGUUUGGUCCACCGAUAAAAGUUCGUACAACUACCCUUAACUAUUUCGUCGGACCCUACAAUUUCAUUUUUAAUGACGUGUAG